UGUGAACUUGGGGGCUGUGACUGUUCUACCUUGAACUAGAGAUACCAUCGCAUACGUGUCAUCUCAUCGGGGCUUCAUUUCUUUUCCGCGCCCCCCCUUUUCCUCUGUGGACGAGGUUUCCCCACCAUCGCGCCGCGGUAUCUUGAGACCAGCUAGUACCUAGUAGUUAGCCGCCCCGGAGACAGAACGUCUGUUAGCCACAGCCAUGGAAUUUCUCAAAUCCGCCGUCGCGUCGGCGAUCGCAAAAGGUAGCUCAUCUCCUUUCUCGCUUGGGGACAGAGUCGACCUCUCCGAUUCAAUAUGGACGCUGCACAAUGCUACGAAACGGGAUGACGGCUCGCCGUGCAGUGUCUUUACGUUUGAUAUCGCUUCCAACAAGUCCCGUCUCCCUUUAGCGAAGAAUGCGGUGCGAAAGUGCCGGACGUUGAGACAUCCGGGGGUGAUCAAGGUCUUGGACACGAUAGAGACCGAUGCCAACAUCUACAUCGUGACCGAGCGAGUCGUCCCCCUUUCCUGGCAUGUUAAGCGGAGGAGUCUGAGCGAGGAGACAUCGAAAUGGGGCUUAUACACGGUGGCGUCUACACUCAAAUUUAUUAACGGAGAUGCGUCCUCCGUACACGGUGUCGUCAGAGCAUCCUCGGUCUUUACGAGUGAGAGCGGGGAGUGGAAGCUGGGCGGGUUCGACGUCCUGAGUUCGAUGAACGAUGAGAACGCUGUUAUCUAUACAUACGGCAGUCUCGUACCCGAUGCGGCUCGAUUCACGCCUCCGGAGGUCGUCAAAGGCGGCUGGGACACGAUCAAACGUAACCCCCUGACAGCAAUUGAUUCAUACGGGCUAGGAAUACUAGUUUAUGAGGUCUUUAAUGGCAACUUCACCAGUGGAGACCAGGUGGGCAAGACGACGAACAUUCCACCCAGCAUGCAUCAAAGCUACAAACGCCUGUGCACGGCCAACCCUAAACUCCGGUUGAGCCCUGCGCACUUUGUUGAGCAAGGGAAGAAGAGCGGUGGUUUCUUUGAAACAACCCUUAUCCGGUUGACGGACGAUAUAGAGAGCCUGGGACUUAAAAAUGAUGCCGAGCGAGAGGAAUUUGUCAAUGAACUUGAUGAGCUUUCUGACGACUUUCCCGAGGAAUUCUUCAAGAUGAAAGUGCUGCCAGAACUAUUGAAGUCAGUCGAGUUUGGCGGAGGUGGUCCCAAGGUCCUUGGGGCCAUCCUGAAAAUCGGGUCAAAGCUAUCUCAAGAAGAGUUCAAUUCGAGGCUUACGCCAGUUAUUGUCCGACUCUUUGGAAAUCCUGAUCGAGCGCUCCGGGUCUGCUUGCUCGAUAAACUCCCUGUGAUGAUCGACAACCUGCCCCAGAAGAUCGUCAAUGACAAGAUCUUCCCCCAGAUUACCUCCGGCUUCACCGACGCCGCGCCCGUCGUUCGAGAGCAGACCGUCAAGUCUAUUUUGCCAAUCAUUAACAAGCUCAGUGAUCGGGUCAUCAACGGUGACCUGCUGAAGUUCCUAGCGCGAACUGCCAACGACGAGCAACCGGGAAUCCGCACGAAUACCACUAUUUGCCUGGGCAAGAUAGCGAAGAACCUCGGACAGGGAUCGAGAUCGAAAGUUCUCAUUGCGGCAUUCACGCGGUCUCUUCGGGACCCCUUUGUACACGCCCGGAACGCCGGUUUACUGGCCCUCGGGGCGACGCUGGAGUUCUUCACCGAGGAGGACUGUGCAACCAAAGUUCUUCCAGCUAUUUGCCCCUCGCUUCUUGAUAAAGAAAGGAUGAUAAGAGACCAAGCAAAUAAGACUCUGGACCUAUAUCUCCAGCGCAUCCGCAAAUUUGGCAAUACUAUGGCAGAUACGGUGAUUUCCCCGUCAGUCAGUGCAGAUCCGACCAAAGAUAGUGCCCGCAUUGGUACAUCUAAUGAUAAAUCAUGGGCGGGGUGGGCAAUCUCCUCGUUCACCAACAAGCUUACGGCGGCCAAUGGGGAUAUCCAGUCCACUGCCAACGGCGCCAAACCUGUCGAGCUGGAACCUGCCCGUCCGGCUUCUGUUCCCCGUCCAGCAAGGACGGCUUCCUCGGUGCAGAAAGACACGCUACGGCCCGCGGCUCAGUCUCUGAACCGGUCCUUAUCGGAGCAACCACCAACUCUGUCUAAAGAAGAGGAUGAUGCAGAAGAUGUUUACGAUGCGUGGGGUGCAAUGGAUGACGACGAAGAAGACAACCAGCACAAGGAGGAGGAUCCAUUCAGUGCUGCAGUAACCGCUAGCCCGAACAUUUCUGCUCCCACGCCCAAACCCGCCCCGGUCCCGUAUGAUGAUGGCGGAGAGCCAGACUUUGCGGGCUGGCUCGCCGCACAGUCCAAGACCAAGAAGCCAUUACCCAAGGGCCUGAACAAGUCCAGUCCUACCUCCGUACCGCGAACAUCUAGUCGCAAUAGCACGGUUAAGCCGAAGACCGUUGUCGCACCAGUGAAGAAGAUCGACACGAAACCCAAAGAAGAAGAGGAGGAUGGCUGGGGGGACGCAUGGGAUUAAGUCGCAAGAUGACCAUCGGCUCUUCUAUUAUACACCACCUAUGUGUUUGUUACUCUUUUGAUCAUAUUUUGCGACAUAUCCACGGCAUUAAAGGCAGGGAGUUUGGGCGCAUGCAGUAUAUAGUUUGGUAGAUCGGUCGUUACUGUUUGCAUACUAUGCAUAUGACCCUGCGAUAGGAUAGAACCAAU